UCUAAAAGAUUGACGCCCUAACCAAGCUUGUGGUUUAUCUCCCUGUUUCCCGCAAUCAUUCCAAAGCCUUCGCCUAUCCCCUUCAAAUUUCCUUCGUUUUUUUCUCCCAUCCUUCGCGGAGGUCGUCAUCGCCGCCAUGGCGUGUUACUAAUGCCGUUCAGCGCUCUAAUAACCUUAAUUGCAUUCAGGGGCGUGAAUCACAGUUGCCCAAGCUCAUCUUCUGUCACUCAUGGUCACUCGCUUAAUGUAUUUUCCUUUUGUGUUUUUCUUCCGUGCUAUGAUAAUAUCCUGAAGUUGCUGAGUUUCUACCGGCCGUCUGGAAUCUCUCAUGGCGCUUCAGUUCCGUAGGCUCAUUUCUACAAACUACUUGGACUUCAAUAACUGCUCCAUGAUUGCUCCAGCCAUGCUCCAGUUCAAGGCAGUGCCAAAUUUUCCAUGUUCCUGCGUCUCAUUCUCCCCAAAUAGCUUCAUUAAGAGGUCUGGGAGGGAAACGCAUAUUAGAACCUCAAAUUCUUUGAAUAAAAUUCACAGCAAUAGAUAUAAUGUUUCUUUUUGUCUCAGUAAGCACUGGAGAAAUAGCCCCCUUUGUUCUGCCAGGCAAGGUAGUCUCAACUCUGGCAUGGCUGGAGGCAAGGGUUAUACGCCUAAUUUUCCUGCUCAUGAGCUUCUGCGUAAUAGAUCAAUUUCUUCAAUUCGAAGUAAGUUUCAGCCAUCUGCAAAAGCAAAUGGGCUUGUUAAGGAUGGCAUUGAUGGAGAUAUAAAGUCCACACCUCAAAUGAUUAAUGUGAAGAAGAAGAGGAAUAAAUCUUUGUCGAUUAUCUAUGAAAAUUCUGGACAGCUGGGCACUGAAAUUAUCAGCCAUCCUGUUACAAGGUCAGCAGAAGAAAUACCGAGCGAGAGGAAGGCUAUUAACGAUAGUGAAAAUAAGAAAGGAUCAACUAAGAGCCGUAGUAAAGUUAAAGGUGGCAAGGGUUUGAAGAGGGAAAACAAGAAUUAUAAUAGCAAGAAACAUUUAGAAAUUUCUGAAUCUUGCUCCUCUUCUGCAUCUCCAGAAACUAUAGAAGUGAAAAAAGCAUCAAGGGCAAAGAAAAGAAGAGUUGCUAGUGCAUUGCAGAUUGCACAAAAUAAGAGCACAAAUGCAUUCACUGAAGGAGUAAAAACUAGGAAUCAGCAAUUGAUGCCCUUAUAUCCACCUUCUGGUAAAUCAGUUGUAAUUGUGGAGUCUGUAACAAAAGCAAGGGUAAUCCAGGACUACCUUGGUGAAAAGUAUGAAGUUCUUGCUAGUUAUGGUCAUGUUAGGGACUUAGCUAGAAGGUCGGGAUCUGUGCGUCCUGAUGAUAACUUUAGCUUGGUCUGGGAAGUACCUUCUAGUGCAUGGACUCAUCUUAAGAGCAUAAAGAUAGCACUAAGCAGUGCAGAAAAUUUGAUAUUAGCAUCCGAUCCUGACCGUGAAGGAGAAGCAAUUGCUUGGCAUAUCAUUGAGAUGUUGCAGCUGCAAGAUGCCUUAAAUGAGAACAUUAAUGUGUCCAGGGUUGUAUUUCAUGAAAUAACCGAGUCUUCCAUAAAAAGUGCUUUACAGGCUCCUAGAGAGAUUGACUCAAACUUGGUCAAUGCUUAUCUUGCCCGGCGUGCUCUUGAUUAUCUGAUUGGAUUUAGCAUAUCCCCUUUACUAUGGCGCAAGUUGCCUGGUUGCCAGUCUGCUGGACGAGUCCAAUCUGCAGCUUUGGCUCUAAUUUGCAACAGAGAAACAGAAAUUGAACAAUUUAAACCACAGGAGUAUUGGACUGUAGGAGCUGAAUUCAGUGGUACUUUUUCAGAUACCUUAGGGAGAUCUACAAUAUCUUCCAAUUUGACCCACAUUAACUCUAAAAGGUUAGACCGGCUUUCAAUUAUAUCUAAGGAAGAAGCAGAGGCCAUACAAAAGAAGGUUAAUUCUUCUAAAUUUGAAGUGAUAGAUGUGAAAAGAAGCAAAGUUCAGAGAAAUCCUCCAAUGCCUUAUAUUACAUCAACGCUUCAGCAAGAUUCGGCAAACAAAUUGCAUUUUACAACUGCAUAUACAAUGAAGCUAGCACAGCAAUUGUAUGAAGGGAUCAAGCUAUCAGAUAAAGAGUCUGCUGGAUUGAUAACAUACAUGAGAACGGAUGGAAUGCAUAUAUCAAAUGAAGCUGCAGUGGACAUUAAUUCCUUCGUUAGAGAAAGGUAUGGUGGGAAAUUUGCUUCGAAGGGUAUACGAAAGUACUUCAAGAAAGUGAAGAAUGCGCAAGAGGCCCAUGAAGCUAUCAGGCCCACAAAUAUAAGGAGGCUACCAUCUACUCUAGGGGGAAUACUUGAUGGAGAUUCUUUGAAGUUGUACAGCCUUAUAUGGUCCAGAACUAUGGCAUGCCAAAUGGAAUCUGCUUCGAUUGAUAUGAUUCAAGUUGAUAUAGGAAACAAGGGUGGAGAUAUGGUACUUCGAUCAGUAGGUUCGAGAACUGGUUUUCUUGGAUAUGAAGCAGUUUACAAGGAUAAGGAUGCUGGAGUCGAUGGAAGUUAUCACAAGGAAGAUGGUUUUGAUGAGGCUGCUUUUGUGGUUCUACAAGAAUUGAAGGUUAAGGACUCAUUAUCAUUGAUUAAGGUGGACCUUAGUCAGCAUUAUACUAAACCACCUUCACGAUACUCUGAGGGAGCCUUGGUUAAAAAGUUGGAAGAACUUGGAAUUGGAAGACCAUCGACUUACGCAUCCAUAAUGAAAGUGCUGCAGGAUAGAAGCUAUGUGACAAUGAAAAAUCGAGUUCUUCAUCCUGAAUUUCGAGGUCGAAUGGUCUCGGAAUUUCUUUCCCAUCAUUUUUCAGAAGUUACUAAUUAUAGCUUUACCGCUGAUAUGGAGACUGAGCUUGAUAAUGUUUCUGCUGGCACGACUGAAUGGAAGGGUCUUUUGAGAGAUUAUUGGUCUCGAUUUAUUGAAUAUUGCAAUUUGGCAAGCAAUGCUCACAUUCAUCAGGUUGAGAAAAUGUUGGAGGAGAAAUUUGGUCACAUACUAUUCUCUUCACUUCCUAAUGAUAGCAGAUUGUGCCCAAGCUGCGAAGAAGGAACUUUAAGAUUUAAAGUUAGCAGAUUUGGGUCUGGCUAUUUUAUUGGCUGCGAUCAACACCCCAGAUGCAAGUUUAUUGCUGGUACCAUAUUCAAUGACGACGAAGACACCGUCGUUGCUGAUAAACCAGAGUCAUUCCCUCCUAAAUUGCUUGGUUACAGUCCCGGUUCUAAUGAAAAGAUUUAUUUAAAGAAUGGUCCUUAUGGACACUAUGUUCAACUUGGGGAUGACAGAAGUGGCUGUCCACCAAAACGGUCUUCAGUUACUGAGGGAACUGACAUUAAAUCAAUUACAUUAGAGGAUGCUAUUGAUCUGCUUCAGUAUCCCAUAAAUUUGGGGAACCACCCAGAUGAUGGACAUCCUGUUUUCCUGAAACACUCAAGGAUUGGCUUCUCAAUAAAACAUCGGCGCACAGUAUCUCAAGUGCCCAAGAGUAUGAAGCCGAAAUCAAUCACAUUGGCCUCUGGGCUGAAGCUCUUAAAUAGUAAGAAUGCUAAACAAUGUGGUCGGCCUAAAGGCAAACCAAAAUCUGAAGAAUUGGAAGAAGCAGAAGCCUUAUUUGGAUGAUUUCCUAAGUGCAACUGAUGUAGGACUACGUGAGGAUGCAAUGAUUUUUUUUAGAAUUUGCACAACUUUUGCCUUCCCACGAUCUGAUGUCCCCAUCAGCAACUCUCGGCCAAUAUGGAUAAUUUAGCUCCCAUUACACUCAAGGCGAUUCAAACUUCUUCUUUUUAGAGUUCUGAACAAACACAGGAAACAAAUCCCAUUUAUUUUCUUGGGUUAUAUACAGAUCACCUUUUAGUAUCAUCUAUCUUGGCUGAAAAAUUUUGUUGUAUUAAUUUUUUUAAAGAAAUUCUUUGUUUAUUUAUUGAAUGCUUGUAGCUCUUUUCAUUCUUAUUAUUAAUUUUAACAGAAGUUUGACAUUUUUAUUGAAGCUGUAAGUGAUUUUUGACUUGUUAUACUACUAAUGAUGAGAUUUAUUCAUUGAGACAAA